AUGUACUAUCAAGGCCCUCCCUACGGCCCUCCUCAGGGACCUCCUGGACCGCCUCCCCAAUGGGGCUAUCCCGGCCAACAGUGGCGGCAACCCCCGCCUCAGCCCUACCCUCAGCCCUACGGUCAUCACCCGCAGCCGUCAUAUCCAGGUCCCAACCAUGCACCUUAUCCCCCUUCGCCGUAUCCUCCGUAUCCCCAAUAUCCUCCUGCCCAGGCUCCAUCUCCCUAUGGCCACUCUCCCUCUCCUCGUCCCCCCUCUCACCACCACCAUCUGAGUGCGCCCCAGAAUGGAAUCCCGCGAGCAAAUUCUCCGAGUCUGCCACCACCCCCGCCACAGAAUUUCCAGCAUUUCGGUGGUGGGGCACCGUCAAAUUACCAGUUCCAGUACUCGGCCUGUACCGGUCGGCGCAAGGCGCUCUUGAUCGGAAUCAACUAUGCCGGGCAGCCCAACGCCCUCAAGGGCUGUAUUAACGACGUCACCAACAUGUCUAACUUUUUGACUGAGCGAUUCGGCUACAAGCGCGAAGACAUGGUCAUCCUCACCGACGACCAACGCAACCCGAUGAGCAUUCCCACGAAAGCCAACAUUCUGCGAGCGAUGCACUGGCUCGUCAAGGACGCCCAGCCUAAUGAUUCCUUGUUUGUGCACUUCUCCGGUCACGGCGGUCGCACGCCAGAUCUGGACGGCGACGAGGACGACGGGUUCGACGACGUCAUUUACCCGCUCGACUACAAAGUGGCUGGGCACAUCGUCGACGACGACAUGCAUGCGAUCAUGGUUCGUCCCUUGCGACCCGGAGUGCGACUGACCGCCAUCUUUGAUUCGUGCCACUCGGGCACCGCGCUCGACCUGCCAUACGUCUACUCCACGCAGGGCGUUCUCAAGGAACCUAAUUUGGCCAAGGAAGCUGCCCAGGAUUUAUUUAGCGCCUUUACCUCUUACGGACAAGGUGAUCUAUCUAGCGUUGCGUCCACCGCGAUCGGGUUCUUUAAAAAGGCGGCCAAUGGCGGAUCCGCUCGCGAGCGCACCAUCAUGACCAAGACAUCCCCGGCGGAUGUGGUGAUGUUUUCAGGGUCCAAGGACACACAGACAUCGGCGGAUACUUUCCAGGACGGACAAGCGCGUGGGGCGUUGAGUUGGGCGUUUGUGAAAUCUCUGAAGCAAUGGCCACAUCAGAGCUACCUGCAGCUCCUGAACACGAUCAGGAACGAACUCGAAGACAAAUACUCGCAGAAGCCGCAGCUUAGCUGCAGCCAUCCCCUUGAUACCAACCUUCGCUUUGUGAUGUAA